AUGGGACAGGGGCGCCGGAGAGAGGCUCCCGCGGCAGGACGGGGGGAGGUUGUCCGGCGGACGGCUUCCGGUGUGCCGCGCGCUGCGUCCCUGCCGGCGCUGCUGCGCUUGUUGCUGCUCUCGUCCGCAGGCGCGCUGCAGAUCGGCCAACAAGCCCAGCAACUCGGCUGCAGCAAGGGUUUGACUGACUGCAGUGUGGCAGGAGUCUCCCACUACAGCGCUGCCCUGCCAGACCUGCGGGGUCAAGUGAAUGUCCAAAGUGUGGAGCUCAAAGUGAAUCUCUGCUGCUCAGAGGGUUGUAAGCCUUGUCUGCAAAUCCUCAUCACAUUCCAAGAUUUGGAUAACGAGGAACGAGUCUCUGAGGAGUCUGGCGAGCAUGGUGAUGAGGACGAGAGCUCUGGCAGUAGAGAAAUGGCAGAGGAAAGUGGUCGGCAUGUGCUACCCAGGCCAAAAGCUUUGGUCAAAGUGUGCCUAAGCUCUCCAGGCUCCAUUGAAAGUUGUAAGGCCAUCCAGUUUCGACCAAGCAGUUCUCUGCGGGAGCGCCAGAUCCCACAUGAGGUAAUGUGGAUGUUAUUGACGGAGAAAGCAGAAUUUGGCUCUCCUGUCGUUGUUCAUGUCCACGCACAGUCCCAUACAAUCCGUAACAUAACCAUCCCAUCUCUACAGGAAGGUGAGAUCACAUACUGUAAUGGAAGCAGAGAUACAUUAACAUGCACCCCGCUUGUUUCGAAUGAACUUGACUCCUUUCGCUUUAUUUCAGUUUGCGCCCUGAUCCCAGAGGGUAGUUCCACUGCGAAGGAGUGUGACGCUCCCAGAAUUCAAGCUGUGACUGACGGUGAGAGAAAUGUGGUCCGUCUCCAACUGGAAGAUGUUGAAUCCAACCAAGGGAUGGCCAUGUUCCAGAUGUUUUCGAACGAAAUUCCUGGGAAGAUUUUCGAGUUGGCCAGGGGUGAGGGAGGAAUCGACAUUCCAUCAAAUGCUGUUGUACCAUGCCUCUGUUUCCAGGUAUGGUGGAAAGGUCAAGGUCUUCACAAAGAAUUUUGCCCUUUUAAAUACCAACAGGAUGCACUUGAAAGAAUGCAGAACAACGUAUCUGUCUCAAUGGAGGAGUCUGUGGCGAGAGGGGAGGGGACAGUGCUGACCUGGAAUGUGACUGCUCCCUGCAGACUAGAGGGAGAAUUGUGGCUGUGCAAGAAGGCUUCGGCUGGAGGCCUCUGUGAGGAGGUGACGGGCUCCAGACAGAGACUUCACAACCACCGACAAGCUGGCUGGAGGGCCUCGCGCAAUGGACACUGGAAAAAGGGAGAAUUUGCCAACGUGUCUCGACAUCCUUCUCUUUGUGUGCAGAUCAAGGUACAUGGGAUGGAUUCGAACCUGGAGCCCCAAUGUCCAUUUGCAACACCUCGAUGGAGAUGGAGCUUACCCAUCAUCGUUGUCCUGCUACUCAUCUGUCUGGCCAUUCUGGGGGCCUGUGUUAUACACGGGUUUAUAAAAGGCUAUGUUUGGAGAUGGGUGAAAGAAGAUGAUAUUAAAGGUGCCAUUGGCGGAAGACACGUGGUGUUGCUGUAUCCGGGUGAUGGGAACCAGGCACUGCCAGACCUGGUGUGUCGUUUGGGCUCGUCCCUUAAGACUCUGGGCUUCACUGUGUCAUUGGACUUGUGGAGCCAGGCUGAACUCAGUGUCCUGGGCCCCGUGCCUUGGCUUCAUUCACGGCUAGACUGUCUGCAAAGGCAGGGGGGCAAAGUGGUGCUGGUUUUAACCCAGGCUGUCUGGGUGAGAGCCGAGGAGUGGGGCAGACAGGCCUGGGAGAGAGACACACCCAAAGGAAUGCACAAAGAGGUGUACGAGGAUGGGACAGAAAAUAACUGUUGCGCCCCCUCCUCAUAUUCAGAUGCAUUUAACGCCUCGCUGAGCUGCAUCCUGGCGGAUUACCUUCAGGGCCGUGCUGGUGAGCGUUUUGUCCUAGUGCAGUUCGAGUCCCUACCUCCACAGCCGCCCAGCUCCAACCACCCACUACCAGAGCUGUUCCGCGGCCUUCAUCUCUUCAGCCUCCCCUCCCAGAGCCUGGGCUUUCUGACUGAACUAGCUGUGAGCCGGCGUGCAGCUUCUGCUUCGGCUAGACGGAGGAAGGCAGGUGGGCUCAGGGCAGCGUCCCGCGCGUUGGCACAAGGGCUGAAAGGGUUUACAGCUGGAUCCAGUGUUUUACGCUUUGCAGGCCUGUCCCAGGACUGUGUUGGAACGGGAGCAAAGGACUCUUGGGAGACAGUGCCCCUGCAGUCAUGUCUUACCACACCUCCAUCCAGCCCUGACACUUGCCCCAGGGUCAGUGAAAUGGAAUGGGUCUGA